AUGGUGGACCUGAUCAUUAACCAUAAUAUCCCGAACAAUCCGAAGAACUACGUGCACAGAGUUGGGAGAACAGCAAGAGCUGGCCGAGGCGGAAUGGCAAUCACCUUUGUCACACAGUUUGAUAUAAAACUUGUUCAAGCAGUCGAAGCAUAUAUCAAUACAAAGCUUAAACUUCAUGAAGUUGAUGAGAAGGAAGUCACAAAAAUUUUGGUAGAAGUCACAUUAGCGAAAAGUGAAGCAGAAAUUGUCUUGGAUGAAAGAGACUUUGGAGAAUAUAAGAAAAUUCACAAGCAGAAACGAGCAAUCUUGGAAGGGCGGGAUCCAGACGAGAAGGAAAUGGAGAGAAGGAAGCGGAAACGUCUCGACAGAACUCAGCAGAGAGCCAGGGAAGCAUUAUCGAAAAAAGCCAAUGAAUGUACUGAAGAUGUUGCUUCCACAAGUGAAUCCAGACCCACAAAGCCAUCACCACAGCACAAAUCUCUCAAGAUGAAAAAGAAAAAAGGAUCUUUGAAAACUUCUCUUUAA